ACCUCCCAAUCGCAUGCGAACGUUCGAUUUAGAGACUCGUCGCAAGUACAAGGCUUUAGGUCACCCCGGGGGGAACGCUUUACAACGUUCACAGACGAGACGAGCGGACAAUGUCGGGAGGGUCUGGACAACAUUCAGAUGCGUCCCCUGUCUUUUCGACGCUGGAAGAAUCCAGCUCAGCUAGUGAACUUCAAGCAUGCUGCUCAUCGCCGUUUCGGUCGACGGCCACGCUCCAAAUUCGCGAUCUCCAAGCUGAUGGUCCAAAUCGUAGCCUAUACGACAAGUGUACGCAGCGGAACUCGCCACUCGUAGAGCCAUGCCACUCUUUGAGCCUCAGGCAUUCGCACAGCUGAUCAACGAGUUCAUCAGCGACCUCUUCUUCACAAGCCUCGUCCUCGGUCUCGCAGCCGCGUUGUUCGACGAUCUCCUCAAGCAGCGGCACAUGCGGUGGAGCUCACCACUUCCGAUGCCGCACAAGAGUGUGCUCGUGUGCCAGAGUCGCCUCGGGCGCAGAAGACACGGAACGUGGAGGCAAUAACGGCAGCAACACCUGCGCUGAUCGAUCUCACCAUGGUCCUCUUCUUCGCCGGCCUAGUCGUUCUCCUAUGGACCCUCGACGUUGUCACCGCUGUGAUCACCGUUGUCGCUUCAACUUUCCUGCUGGUCGCCUCUGCCUUCACUAUCCUACCUCUUAUCUUCCGUUGCAUUCCCUACGAACGUUUCCCCGCGUGAGUUUCUCUCGUAUGUGCCUUUG